AUGGAUUCAAAUACUACACCUGGAUCCGUUUCAACAAUUCAUUUACCUACUUUGCAGUCUUCUCCCCCAACUCAGCAUUUGCCUAGCCACUCGCUCGGCUUUCCAGAUCCUCCAGCACUGCUCAUGUUUCCUGUUGACCCAGCAGACAUUUCCGACACUAAUAGCCAGAAUGUUACUUGCUUAUGGCCAACCUGUGUUCCACUUUUCACGUUCACAGAACAUUCACAUUUGCAGGAGCGCAAGGAUCGCGUUAUUCAGAUACUUAGGCUCAGUAGAGACCGGAAACUUGGCUAUGGUCUACGAAGUGCUCGUGUACUGACACGCAACCAGUAUACCAAUACCUUUUCAGAAGAAACGCGCAUCCUAGAUCAUCUUCUCACAUCCGUUUUCGCCUGCACCACGUUCACGAAAGACGUUGUCUACAAGAUGGAUCAGAACAUCUAUCAGGAACUUCACACCAGGUUAACGACUCGUCGUGCAAUAGCUUCUUCGUCACUCAAUUCAUUUGGUUAUUCAGAUUUUAAAGUACCUACAUGGGGCAUCAACACCGUGAAGGGCUUGACAGCCAAUGAUUUUGAGGUGUACGCUUUGCAGUAUUGCAUUCGCAUCGAGCAUUUUCUUCAUAUGCUCAAUUAUGUCCAUGACUGGAAUAAUCUUCGGACACGCAUAUAUCUAGACGAAAAACUCCUGGCAGCUCAGCGCAAUCCUGACAGAGCCCGUGUCAUGAUAAUGGAACAUUACCUUCAUGCUGUUCCUCCUGUAUCACAUUCCAAUCCUUUCAAGUCGAAGACCUCUUUUCAGACCUCGUACUCUGACUUGAGUUGGGAGGGAGUACACUAUACUGCGACAAGAGAUGAGGAACAGCAUCCUAGCAACUCACGGGCCACUAAAACACAAAUAUCCCACCGAGUUCAGUUUCCUGAAGACUUAGAUUUUAGAGAUCCUUCCAUGCACAAGAGCAUUUACCAAGGAUGUGCUCUUAGCAAUCUUAACUCGAGUCGAGGUGGCAAGAAUGGAAACCGACUUCCAUCUCGUCGUGGUCCAUGCAAUUCACAAAUUCCUGCAUACCCCAGUCACUCAGAGUAUACCAGCAUUGGUUUUGACACCACUUUCCAAGCGAUGGACGUACCUGCUUGCAAGAGUAAUCCAAGCACGAGGGAUAGUUGCGAGAACAAAUUCAUUAAUACUCCAGCACUGAGUCAUAACAUCGGCAAUCAAAUCCUUCCCUAUUCAACCAAUAACAAGAUUCGCCCCUUUCGAAUUGCUUCAAAUACGCCUUGCACACGCUUUUUAGAAAAGAACAAGAAUUCCCGAUCACCACGUAAAGUCAGACGUCACAUCGACUGGCUGCAGAGACGGCUACUGCGAAUAAUCCAUGCUACCCGCCAGGUCACGUCCACUAAUGAUGAUCGUCAGCGUAUACGGAUGAGAAUGAGAGAAUGCAUACAGCCGUUGCCUAGAUUACCCAUCCUGGGAAGCGAAGCAACAAAGGUUCACAGGGGAACGAAUACUAUUGAUCUCGAUGUCCUGCAAAAGACCCUUGAUUCAGGCUCAUAUACUAUGCCUGUCUCCCGAACAGAAAUUCGGAUGCUUUCUACACAUCCUAGGGUUUGCAUCAAGCAGAAGAUGAAAUUUUGUCUCGCCAGACAUAAGAUCGACUCGGAGGUCAAGAAGGAUACAGCGCCGUCGACUAUCAAUCGGGAGUGUCAGCUGUACUGUCGGAAGGGCUGUAAUUGUCGCCAUCCGAAGCAUCGAAGAGUACCAGGGGAUAUCCGAGCCAAAAUAUGCAUUGUGAUACCUGCGAAACCAAAGCCGACUGCCGGUCAUAAUAACCAAUUUCUUGAUGUAUCCCUUACAUCCUCGACAAACACUCCCAUGAUUCCUACCAUGCUGGAAGCCACGGCGAAUGAAUGA